AUGGAAAUGGAAUGCAAGACGUUAUGGAUGGGGGAUAUUCAAAUGCAUUGGGAUGAAACUUUUAUUGCUUCGCUCUUUGCAACGGCCGUCGAACAGCCAGUAAUCAAGUUAAUACGUGAUAAAGUAACGGGAUAUCCAGCAGGUUAUGGAUUCUUGGAAUUCCCGACCCAACAAGGGGCCCAACAAGUGCUUGAAACGUACAAUGGGCAAUUAAUCCCAAAUACAAUGCAUCGGUUCCGGAUGAAUUGGGGUGCAGGUGGUCGUCGUAUUGAAUCGUUAGAAGAUCAUUCAAUUUUUGUUGGAGAUUUGGCUCCAGAUGUGACCGAUGAGCUUCUAUUGAGUACAUUUAAUGCUCGUUUUUCAAGUGUAAGAGGUGCUAAAGUGGUGAUGGAUCCAGUGACACGCAUGUCGAAAGGAUUUGGAUUUGUCCGUUUUGGAGGCAAGAAUGAAGCAGAUCAGGCCCUUCAGACGAUGAAUGGCGUCUAUUGUUCAUCACGUCCUAUGCGUGUUAGCGUCGCAACGGAGAGAAACAAAACUCGGCAACAGAUGGGCUUUACGAUGGGAGAAGAAGAGGGAGCCAAUACAACGGUCUUUGUUGGUGGAUUAGACCCUUUAACAACAGAAGAGGAAUUGCGAGCUCGGUUUGGAGUGUUGGGAGAAAUUGUGUCGAUAAAGGUUCCGCCUGGAAGAGGGUGCGGGUUUGUGCAAUAUACGUCAAAGGAGGCAGCGGAGAAUGCUAUUUUGCAAAUGAAUGGCACAGUUGUUAGUGGGGUCAAGGUGAGAUGUGCGUGGGGUCGAUCGGCGGCUGCACGUACUACCAAUUACAGCAGCUUCUACCCACAGCAAUACGGUCAGUACCAGACUGGGUACCAGAACUUUUACGGAUACAAUGCCGCGUUUGCGUACCCGCAAUACCAGCAAGGUACUGCUGGCUAUGGAUACGGUGCGUACGGACAGUACGCUCAGCAGGGUAACCAGCCUCAGGCCGAAUACCAACAACAGCAGCAACAACAACAGCCGAUGGGAGGCCAACAUGGACACCACGGCAACUACGGUCACCAGCAACGACAGCCAUACGACCAGCCGCGCGAUUUUACUCAACCUGACGACAUUGAAGCUAUGAAUCGCCGUUACGCCACUCAACGUGCGUACCAGAACCUUCCUCCAGCUUCUAAUGCAUCGUACACUCCAAUGGCGGCGGACGUUGCAAACGGCACUGCUAUGGCAGGGUCGAUGAUGUAA